CUUUGACGCUAAAAAUAUCAGUCUUUAAUUAACAAACACCUUCGGACUAACAGAAAAUGUGCUAGCUGACGGUUGUGAUGAUGUCAUCACUGUGCGCCCGUUCAGGGGCAUGUUUGUGGAUCUGUUACCGGUUUACUGCAUGGAUAUUUUACUGAUGUUCACCCAUAUUGGCAAUAACGCCGAUUUUUGCCGUUCAUGAGCGCACUGUAAGAACCGUGCAGAGCAGACUGCUGUCUGCCUCCUCUGCCUCCAGCAGCUCCGUCUGUCCCAUCAGCAGCCACCAUGGCCUUUGUGCCUGCACCGAGCCCGACUGUGGUCGACCAGACCACACUGAUGAAGAAGUACCUGCAGUUUGUGGCAGCACUCACAGACGCCAACACACCUGAUGAGACGAAGCUGAAGAUGAUGCAGGAGGUCAGCGAAAACUUUGAGAAUGUGACAUCUUCGCCUCAGUACUCCACCUUCUUGGAGCACAUCAUCCCUCGCUUCCUCACAUUCCUUCAGGAUGGAGAGGUGCAAUUCCUCCAAGAGAAACCUACACAGCAACUGCGGAAGCUGGUGCUGGAAAUCAUCCACCGCAUCCCAACCAAUGAGCACCUUCGUCCACACACCAAGAACAUCCUGUCUGUGAUGUUCCGCUUUCUGGAGAUUGAAAGUGAGGAAAAUGUGCUGAUCUGCCUUCGCAUCAUAAUCGAGCUGCACAAACAAUUCCGGCCUCCGAUCUCUCAGGAGAUUCAUCACUUUCUGGACUUUGUGAAGCAGAUUUACAAAGACCUUCCAAAAGUUGUCGCACGGUACUUUGAGAACCCGCAGGUGAUCGCAGAGAACACAGUUCCCUCCCCAGAAAUGGUCGGGAUGAUCACAUCAGUGCUGGUCAAGACUGCACCUGAGAGGGACGACAGCGAAACACGAACACACACCAUCAUCCCCCGGGGGUCCUUGUCUCUCAAGGUGCUGGCAGAGCUGCCCAUCAUCGUGGUGCUGAUGUAUCAGCUCUAUAAGCUGAACAUUCACAAUGUGGUGUCAGAGUUUGUGCCCCUCAUCAUGAACACCAUCAUGCUCCAGGUGUCUCCACAGGCCAGGCAACACAAGCUGUACAACAAGGAGCUGUAUGCGGAUUUCAUCGCAGCGCAGAUCAAGACUCUGUCAUUUCUCGCCUACAUCAUCCGAAUCUACCAGGACCUGGUGGGGAAAUACUCUCAGCAGAUGGUGAAGGGCAUGCUGCAGCUGCUGACCAACUGCCCCUCUGAGACGGCUCACCUCCGCAAAGAACUGCUCAUCGCAGCCAAGCACAUCCUCACAACUGACCUACGCAGCCAGUUUAUACCUUGUAUGGACAAACUUUUUGAUGAAUCCAUCCUGAUCGGUUCUGGUUACACGGCUCGAGAGACUCUGAGACCUUUGGCCUACAGCACACUGGCAGACCUGGUGCACCACGUUCGUCAGAACUUGCCUCUGACAGAUUUAUCCCUGGCUGUGCAGCUCUUUGCCAAGAACAUCGAUGAUGAGUCACUUCCCAGUAACAUCCAGACCAUGUCUUGUAAGCUGCUGCUCAACCUGGUGGACUGCAUCCGCUCAAAGUCUGAGCAAGAGAACGGCAAUGGACGGGACAUCCUGAUGAGGAUGCUGGAGGUGUUUGUGCUGAAGUUUCACACCAUUGCACGUUACCAGCUCGUCUCCAUCUUCAAAAAGUGCAAACCCCAGUCAGAGAUGGGUGUGGUCGACCCAGGGGUGUUACCCGGGGUGCCGGCCACGCCCACUCCUUCCACCACCCCUGCCAUUCCACCUCCUGCUCCUCCCACGCCUGUUGCUGCGCCGCCUCCACCCCCUUCAGCGUCUUUUGACCGAUCAGGGGAGAAGGAAGACAAGCAGACUUUUCAGGUGUCGGACUGCCGCAGUUUGGUGAAGACGCUGGUGUGUGGAGUGAAGACGAUAACGUGGGGCAUCACUUCCUGCAAAGCCCCAGGAGAGGCUCAAUUCAUUCCUAACAAGCAGCUUCAGCCAAAAGAGACACAAAUCUACAUUAAGCUGGUAAAAUAUGCCAUGCAGGCCUUGGACAUCUACCAGGUUCAGGUUGCCAACAACCAGCAGACGUAUAUCCGGGUAGCCAACUGUCAGACUGUACGCAUGAAAGAGGAAAAAGAAGUCCUGGAGCACUUUGCAGGGGUCUUCACCAUGAUGAACCCACUCACAUUCAAGGAGAUCUUUCAGACGACAGUGCCGUACAUGGUGGAGAGGAUCUCCAAGAACUACGCGCUGCAGAUUGUGGCAAAUUCUUUUCUGGCCAAUCUGUCAACGUCUGCUCUUUUUGCCACCAUCCUGGUGGAGUAUCUUCUUGAGAGACUCCCAGAGAUGGGCUCCAAUGUUGAGCUGUCAAAUCUUUACCUCAAGCUCUUCAAACUGGUCUUUGGCUCAGUGUCACUGUUUGCUGCUGAGAACGAGCAGAUGCUCAAGCCACACCUCCACAAGAUCGUGAACAGCUCAAUGGAGCUGGCCCAAUCAGCGAAGGAGCCCUACAACUACUUCCUGCUUCUCCGUGCUCUCUUCCGCUCCAUCGGUGGAGGCAGCCAUGAUCUGCUCUACCAGGAGUUCCUGCCCCUUCUACCCAACCUGCUGCAAGGUCUGAACAUGCUGCAGAGUGGCCUACAUAAGCAGCACAUGAAGGAUCUGUUCGUGGAGUUGUGUUUGACGGUGCCAGUGCGUCUGAGCUCCCUGCUGCCCUACCUUCCCAUGCUCAUGGAUCCUCUGGUGUCUGCCCUCAACGGCUCUCAGACUCUGGUGAGCCAGGGCCUCCGCACUCUGGAGCUGUGUGUGGACAACCUGCAGCCCGACUUCCUCUACGAUCACAUCCAGCCUGUCAGGGCAGAGCUCAUGCAGGCAUUGUGGCGUACUCUCCGUAACCCAGCUGAGAGCAUCUCUCAUGUCGCCUACCGGGUACUGGGAAAGUUUGGCGGCAGCAACAGGAAGAUGCUGAAGGAGUCUCAGAGGCUGCAUUACGUGGUGACUGAGGUCCAGGGGCCGAGCAUCAAGGCUGAGUUCACCGACUGCAAAGCUUCUAUACAGCUGCCCAUGGAGAAGGCAAUUGAGACGGCUCUGGACUGUCUGAAGAGUGCCAACACAGAGCCGUACUACAGACGACAGGCCUGGGAGGUUAUUAAGUGUUUCUUAGUGGCCAUGACCAGUCUGGAUGACAACAAGCACGCUCUCUACCAGCUACUGUCUCAUCCUAACUUUGCUGAGAAGUGGAUCCCCAAUGUCAUCAUCUCUCAUCGCUACAAAGCACAGGACACACCCGCCCGCAGGACUUUUGAACAAGCCCUGACUGGGGCAUUCAUGUCUGCUGUGAUAAAGGACCUGAGGCCCAGCGCACUGCCCUUCGUUGCCAGCCUGAUUCGCCAUUACACCAUGGUCGCAGUGGCGCAGCAGUGUGGUCCUUUCCUGCUACCAAGCUACCAGCUGGGCAGCCAGCCGAGCACAGCCAUGUUCCACAGUGAAGAGAACGGCUCAAAGGGCAUGGACCCGCUGGUACUGAUUGACGCCAUCGCCAUCUGCAUGGCCUAUGAGGAGAAGGAGCUGUGUAAGAUCGGAGAAGUGGCCCUGGCUGUCAUCUUUGAUGUGGCCAGCAUCAUCCUUGGCUCCAAGGAAAGGGCGUGCCAGCUGCCUUUGUUCUCCUACAUCGUGGAGCGUUUGUGCGCCUGUUGCUACGAGCAGGCCUGGUAUGCUAAGCUCGGCGGUGUGGUGUCCAUCAAGUUCCUGAUGGAGAGACUUCCUCUGAUCUGGGUGCUGCAGAACCAGCUCACCUUUCUCAAGGCCCUGCUCUUUGUCAUGAUGGACCUCACAGGAGAGGUGUCAAACGGAGCCGUGGCCAUGGCAAAGACCACCCUAGAGCAGCUGCUGGUGCGCUGUGCCACUCCACUGAAGGAUGAAGAAAAGACAGAAGAGCUGCUGGCUGCCCAGGACAAGUCUUUCCAUAUGGUCACGCAUGACUUGGUGCGAGAGGUCACAUCCCCCAACUCCACCGUCAGAAAGCAGGCCAUGCACUCCCUACAGGUGCUCGCACAGGUCACUGGCAAGAGUGUUACUGUCAUCAUGGAGCCACACAAAGAGGUGUUGCAGGAUAUGGUUCCUCCAAAGAAACACCUGCUGCGCCACCAGCCUGCCAACGCCCAGAUUGGCCUGAUGGAGGGCAAUACCUUCUGCACCACCCUGCAGCCCCGCCUUUUCACCAUGGACCUCAACGUCAUGGAGCACAAGGUCUUCUACACAGAGCUGUUGAACCUCUGUGAGGCAGAGGAUGCUGCUCUGAUGAAGCUGCCCUGUUACAAGAGCCUUCCCUCCCUUGUUCCUCUCCGCAUUGCUGCUCUCAAUGCCCUGGCAGCAUGUAAUUACUUGCCCCAGUCCCGAGAGAAGAUCAUAGCUGCCCUGUUUAAAGCCCUCAACUCCACCAACAACGAACUGCAAGAGGCAGGCGAGGCAUGCAUGAGGAAGUUCCUGGAAGGUGCCACCAUCGAGGUGGACCAGAUCCACACUCACAUGCGUCCCUUGCUGAUGAUGCUGGGUGACUACCGCAGCCUGACGCUCAACGUGGUGAACCGCCUCACCUCGGUCACUCGUCUGUUCCCAAACUCUUUCAACGACAAGUUCUGUGAUCAGAUGAUGCAACACCUGAGGAAGUGGAUGGAGGUGGUUGUAAUAACACACAAGGGAGGCCAGCGCAGUGAUGGCAGCGAGAUGAAGAUCUGUUCUGCCAUCAUUAACCUGUUCCACCUGAUCCCAGCUGCUCCUCAGACUCUGGUCAAACCUCUGCUAGAGGUGGUCAUGAAGACAGAGAGGGCCAUGCUCAUAGAGGCCGGCAGUCCGUUCAGGGAGCCUCUGAUCAAGUUCCUGACACGUCACCCAUCUCAGACGGUGGAGCUGUUCAUGAUGGAGGCGACGCUGAACGACCCUCAGUGGAGCCGCAUGUUCAUGAGUUUUCUGAAACACAAAGACGCGAAGCCUCUAAGAGACGUGUUGGCCUCUAAUCCAAACCGCUUCGUUCCUCUGCUGGUUCCUGCUGGCACUGCAGCAACUGUAAGACCUGGAUCUCCCUCCACCACCACGGCCAGACUGGACCUGCAGUUUCAAGCCAUCAAGAUUAUCAGCAUCAUCGUGAAGAAUGACGAGGGCUGGCUGGCAGGGCAGCACUCACUGGUCAGCCAGCUGAGGAGAGUCUGGGUCAGCGAGGCCUUCCAGGAGAGACACCGCAAAGACAACAUGGCCGCCACCAACUGGAAGGAGCCCAAGCUGCUGGCAUUCUGCCUGCUCAGCUACUGCAAACGCAACUACUCAGAGAUCGAGCUGCUGUUCCAGCUGCUGCGGGCCUUCACAGGUCGCUUCCUGUGCAACAUGACCUUUCUGAAGGAGUACAUGGAGGAGGAGAUUCCCAGGAACUACUCCAUUGCCCAGAAACGGGCCCUGUUCUUCCGCUUUGUCGAGUUCAACGACCCACACUUCAAUGACGAGCUCAAAGCAAAGGUCCUGCAGCACAUCCUGAAUCCAGCCUUCCUGUACAGCUUUGAGAAGGGGGAGGGUGAGCAGCUGCUUGGACCGCCUAACCCUGAAGGAGACAAUCCUGAGAGCAUCACCAGUGUCUUCAUCACUAAGGUCCUGGACCCAGAGAAGCAGGCCGACCUGCUGGACUCGUUGCGGAUCUGCCUGCUGCAGUUCUCCACCCUGCUGGUGGAGCACGCACCCCACCACAUUCACGACAACAACAAGUCACGCAACAGUAAGCUGCGGCGUCUCAUGACCUUCGCCUGGCCGUGCCUGCUGCCCAAAGCCUGUGUGGACCCCGCCUGUAAAUAUAGCGGCCACUUACUGCUGGCCCACAUCAUUGCAAAGUUCGCCAUCCACAAGAAGAUUGUGUUGCAGGUGUUCCACAGCCUGCUGAAGGCCCACACUAUGGAGGCCCGGGCCAUCGUGCGGCAGGCCAUGGCCAUCUUGACCCCAGCUGUGCCGGCCCGCAUGGAGGACGGCCAUCAGAUGUUGACCCACUGGACUCGCAAAAUCAUUGUAGAGGAGGGACACACUGUACCGCAGCUAGUGCACAUUCUGCAUCUCAUCGUGCAGCAUUUCAGGGUUUACUACCCGGUGCGCCACCACCUGGUGCAGCACAUGAUCAGCGCCAUGCAACGUCUGGGCUUCACCCCCAGUGUGACCAUAGAGCAGAGGAAACUGGCUGUGGACCUGGCUGAGGUGGUCAUCAAAUGGGAGCUACAGAGGAUUAAAGACCAACAGCCGGAGUCUGAGGCUGAAGUUGGGGCCGGUGGUGAAGGGACCAGUGUUGGCGCCGUGAAGCGAGGACUGUCUCUGGAAGCUGCUGCAGCCGCUGCUGCUGCCGGACAGGACGUCAAGAGGUUCCGCACAGCAACCGGAGCUGCCUCCACGGUGUUUGGUCGCAGCCAGUCCAUGCCGGGAACAGAGACCAUGCUCACAAAACCUGUCGAGAAACAACAUACAGACACUGUGGUCAACUUCCUCAUCAGGAUUGCAUGCCAGGUGAAUGACAGCACCAAUGUGGCAGGGUCUCCGGGGGAGCUGUUGUCCCGUCGCUGUGUGAGCCUCAUGAAGUCGGCCCUCAGACCGGAUAUGUGGCCUCGUGCCGAGCUCAAGCUGCAGUGGUUUGACAAGCUGCUCAUGACUGUGGAGCAGCCAGCUCAGGCAAACAUCUCCAACAUCUGCACUGGUCUGGAGAUUCUCUGCUUCCUGCUGACGGUGCUUCAGUCUCCAGCCAUCCUGGCUCAUUUUAAACCCCUCCAGCGGGGCAUCGCUGCAUGCAUGACCUGCGGCAACACUAAAGUUCUGCGGGCUGUCCACUCUCUGCUCUCUCGUCUGAUGAGCAUCUUCCCCACUGAGCCCAGCACAUCAACGGUGGCAUCUAAGUAUGAGGAACUGGAGUGUCUGUAUGCUGCUGUGGGCAAGGUCAUUUAUGAGGGACUCACCAACUAUGAAAAGGCUACAAGCAACACCAACCCCACUCAGCUAUUUGGAACACUGAUGAUCCUGAAGUCAGCCUGCAGUUACAACGCCAGCUACAUCGACCGCCUCAUCUCCGUGUUCAUGCGCUCACUGCAAAAGAUGGUGCGGGAACACCUGAGCCCCCAGCAGGCCAACCCCGGGGUCACCGAAACCAACACAGAUACUGCUGUUUCACGUCAUGAUGCCAGACCAGAAUCAGUCGAAAUCCGUGAGGUGGGCGGAAUCAAAGUGACUAGUGAGCUGGUCAUGUUGAGUCUCGACUUGGUGAAGACACGACUGUCUGUCAUGAGCAUGGAAAUGAGGAAGAACUUCAUCCAGGUCAUCCUCACCUCGCUGAUCGAGAAGUCACCUGACCCCAAAAUCCUCAGAGCCGUUGUCAAGAUCGUGGAAGAGUGGGUGAAAAACAAUUCUCCCAUGGCUGCCAAUCAGAUGCCCAACCUCCGAGAGAAGUCCAUCCUGCUGGUGAAGAUGAUGACCUACAUAGAGAAGCGUUUCCCCGAUGAACUUGAGUUAAACGCCCAGUUCCUGGACCUCGUUAAUUACGUCUACAGGGACGAGAGCCUUUCAGGAAGUGACAUCACAUCCAAGCUGGAGCCAGCCUUCCUGUCGGGGCUUCGCUGCACGCAACCUCUGAUCCGAGCCAAGUUCUUUGAGGUGUUUGACGCCUCCAUGAAGCGGCGCGUCUACGAGAGGCUGCUUUACAUUUGCUGCUCUCAGAACUGGGAGGCCAUGGGCAGCCACUUCUGGAUCAAACAGUGCAUCGAGCUGCUGCUGGCAGUGUGUGAACGAAACACCAUCAUCGGCACCAGCUGCCAGGGGUCCAUGCUGCCAUCUAUCACCAACGUCAUCAACCUGGCGGACAGCCAUGACCGUGCUGCCUUCGCCAUGGCUACGCAUGUCAAGCAGGAGCCACGGGAGAGAGAGAACAGUGAGACCAAGGAAGAGGAUGUGGAGAUAGACAUCGAGUUAGCACCAGGUGACCAGACAGCCAUCCCCAAGACGAAGGAGCAGGCGGAGAGAGACGCAGGAAACCAGCUGCACAUGCUUACAAACCGCCAUGACAAGUUCCUGGACUCUCUGCGGGAGGUCAAGACGGGUGCUCUUCUGAAUGCUCUGGUCCAGCUCUGUCACAUCUCCACACCGCUGGCUGAGAAGACCUGGGUGCAGCUCUUCCCUCGCCUCUGGAAGAUCCUCUCUGACAGGCAGCAGCAUGCUCUGUCAGGAGAAAUGAGUCCUUUCUUGUGCAGUGGCAGCCAUCAGGCCCAGAGGGACUGCCAGCCCAGCGCCCUGAACUGCUUUGUUGAGGCCAUGUCUCAGUGUGUGCCACCAAUUCCCAUCAGGCCCUGCGUGCUCAAGUACCUGGGAAAGACUCACAAUCUGUGGCUGCGCUCCACCUUGAUGCUGGAGCAACAGGCCUUUGAGAAGGGCCUCAGCCUGCACAGCAAACCCAAGCAAAGCACUGAGUUCUACGAGCAGGAGAGCAUCACUCCACCUCAACAGGAGAUAUUGGACUCCCUGGCAGAGCUCUACUCUCUGCUCCAGGAGGAGGACAUGUGGGCCGGCCUUUGGCAGAAGAGGUGCAAGUUUCCAGAGACCGCCACGGCCAUCGCCUACGAGCAGCACGGUUUCUUCGAACAGGCCCAAGAAAGCUAUGAGAAAGCGAUGGAGAAGGCGAGAAAGGAGCAUGAGAGGAGCAAUGUGUCUCCAGCCAUCUUCCCUGAGUACCAGCUGUGGGAGGACCACUGGAUACGCUGCUCUAAAGAACUAAACCAGUGGGAACCUCUGACAGAAUACGGCCAGUCUAAAGGCCACUCUAACCCUUACCUCAUGCUGGAGUGUGCUUGGAGGGUCUCCAACUGGGCUGCCAUGAAGGAGGCUCUGGUGCAGGUGGAGCUGAGCUGUCCGAAGGAGAUGGCGUGGAAGGUGAACAUGCACCGAGGCUACCUGGCCAUCUGCCACCCCGAGGAGCAGCAGCUCAACUUCAUUGAGCGGCUGGUGGAGAUGGCCUCCAGUCUGGCCAUCCGAGAGUGGAGGAGGCUGCCUCACAUCGUGUCCCACGUGCACACACCGCUGCUGCAGGCGGCGCAGCAGAUCAUCGAGCUGCAGGAAGCGGCCCAGAUUAAUGCAGGGCUUCAGCCGGCGAACCUGGGCCGCAACACCAGCCUGCACGACAUGAAGACUGUGGUGAAAACCUGGAGGAAUCGACUGCCCAUCGUCUCUGAUGACCUGUCGCACUGGAGUAGCAUCUUUAUGUGGCGCCAGCACCACUACCAAGCCAUAGUGACGGCAUAUGAGACAAACACACAGCAUGAUCCAAACAACAACAACGCCAUGUUGGGAGUUCAUGCCUCAGCUUCUGCCAUCAUUCAGUACGGAAAGAUAGGACGUAAACAGGGGUUGGUGAAUGUGGCUUUGGACAUCCUGAGUCGUAUCCACACCAUUCCCACAGUGCCCAUUGUCGACUGUUUCCAGAAGAUCAGACAGCAGGUCAAAUGCUAUCUGCAGCUAGCUGGCGUCAUGGGCAAGAAUGAGUGUAUGCAGGGUUUGGAGGUUAUCGAGUCGACCAACCUGAAGUACUUCACCAAGGAGAUGACGGCCGAGUUCUACGCUCUGAAGGGCAUGUUCUUGGCUCAGAUCAACAAGUCAGAGGAGGCCAAUAAAGCCUUUUCAGCAGCGGUACAGAUGCAUGACGUCCUGGUGAAGGCCUGGGCCAUGUGGGGAGACUACCUGGAGAACAUCUUCGUCAAGGACCGCCAGCUCCAUUUGGGAGUCUCCGCCAUCACCUGCUACCUCCAUGCCUGCCGCCACCAAAACGAGAGCAAGUCCCGCAAAUACCUUGCAAAGGUCUUGUGGCUGCUCAGCUUCGAUGACAAGAACACACUGGCAGACGCUGUCGACAAGUACUGUAUUGGAGUCCCACCCAUCCAGUGGUUGGCAUGGAUACCACAGCUCCUGACCUGCCUGGUUGGUUCAGAAGGAAAACCUCUGCUCAACUUAAUCAGCCAGGUGGGACGAGUGUACCCCCAGGCUGUCUACUUCCCCAUCCGCACCCUCUACCUGACGCUCAAGAUCGAGCAGAGGGAGCGCUACAAGAGUGAUGCAUCUGGACAGCAGCAGCCCAGUUCAGUGGGGGCACAGCCUCACUCAGGGGCCUCAGACCCGGGUCCGAUACGGGCCACCGCCCCUAUGUGGCGCUGCAGCCGGAUCAUGCACAUGCAGCGGGAGCUCCACCCGACCCUGCUGUCCUCGCUGGAGGGCAUCGUGGACCAGAUGGUGUGGUUCAGGGAGAACUGGCAUGAAGAGGUGCUGAGGCAGCUCCAGCAGGGUUUGGCUAAAUGCUACUCUGUGGCCUUUGAGAAGAGUGGCGCUGUCUCUGAUGCCAAAAUCACACCGCACACACUCAACUUUGUCAAGAAGCUGGUCAGCACCUUCGGCGUCGGCUUGGAGAACGUCUCUAAUGUUUCCACCAUGUUCUCCAGCGCUGCCUCAGAGUCGCUGGCCCGUCGAGCUCAGGCCACCGCGCAGGACCCCGUCUUCCAGAAGAUGAAGGGACAGUUCACAACAGACUUUGACUUCAGUGUGCCUGGCUCCAUGAAGCUUCACAAUCUGAUCUCCAAACUGAAGAAGUGGAUCAAGAUCCUGGAGGCCAAGACCAAGCAGCUGCCCAAGUUCUUCCUCAUUGAGGAGAAGUGUCGCUUCCUCAGCAACUUCUCUGCGCAGACAGCCGAGGUGGAGAUCCCCGGGGAGUUCCUCAUGCCCAAACCCACGCACUAUUACAUCAAAAUCGCAAGGUUUAUGCCCAGAGUGGAAAUUGUUCAGAACAACACAGCAGCUCGUCGUCUCUACAUCCGCGGCCACAACGGCAAGAUCUACCCGUACCUGGUGAUGAACGACGCCUGCCUGACCGAGUCACGGCGAGAGGAGAGGGUCCUGCAGCUUCUCCGCCUCCUCAACCCCUGUCUGGAGAAGAGGAAGGAGACCACCAAGAGACACCUCUUCUUCACUGUGCCCCGAGUGGUGGCAGUGUCGCCUCAAAUGCGCCUGGUCGAGGACAACCCUUUCCUGUCACUGGUGGAAAUCUACAAACAACGCUGCGCCAAGAAGGGCAUCGAACACGACAAUCCCAUCUCCAGAUAUUAUGAUCGUCUGGCCACAGUGCAGGCCAGAGGCACGCAGGCCAGCCACCAGGUCCUGCGGGACAUCCUGAAGGAGGUGCAGGGGAACAUGGUGCCUCGCAGCAUGCUGAAGGAGUGGGCGCUCCACACCUUCCCCAACGCCACUGACUACUGGACCUUCAGGAAGAUGUUCACCAUCCAGCUGGCGCUCAUCGGACUGGCCGAGUUCAUGCUGCACCUCAACAGGCUCAACCCCGAGAUGCUGCAGAUCGCUCAGGACACGGGAAAGCUGAACGUUUCCUACUUCCGCUUCGACAUCAACGACGCCACUGGCGACCUGGAUGCUAAUCGCCCCGUUCCAUUCCGCCUGACUCCAAACAUCUCAGAGUUCCUGACCACCAUCGGAGUCUCCGGCCCGCUCACCGCCUCCAUGAUCGCUGUAGCACGAUGCUUUGCACAGCCAAACUUUAAGGUGGACGGCAUCCUAAAGGCCGUCCUCCGUGAUGAGAUCAUCGCGUGGCACAAAAAGACCCAGGAGGACACGUCCAUGCCACUGUCCCCGGCCGGCCAACCGGAAAACAUGGACUCCCAGCAGCUCGUCUCAUUGGUCCAGAAGGCUGUCACGGCCAUCAUGACCCGCCUCCACAACCUGGCUCAGUUCGAGGGCGGAGAGAGUAAAGUCAACACGCUGGUGGCCGCCGCCAACAGCCUGGACAACCUGUGUCGCAUGGACCCCGCCUGGCACCCCUGGCUCUGAGAGGAGACAGACCGCGUGACACAGAAGACUUUUACUACAUCAGACAGAGACAAAACAGAAGCCUGAUGGACACAUUGGAUCAAUGGACACUGAGACAGUUUGCUGAGUGGAAUCAAGUAGAAACAAAGAACCUGACUGAACGGAGCUCGCCAGGAUACAGAAUAGUUUUAUCUGGACUGAUCAAAACACAAUUUCUUCCUCAACUUGUAUUUAUUUUUAUACCUAAAGGACGGGGACGUUACGUGUCUGAAAAGGCGAGAUUCCAAAUGUUUGUGUAGGUGUGAUAAUGAGCUGCUCACACGAGCUUAGAGGAGUUUUUUGUUUAUUUAAGAGAUGGAAAAAUGUUCUUUAGCUGUUGUAUUUCACCUGCAUCAAGAGCUUUACAUUUUUACACUUUGAUUUCGCCCCAAAAUUUGUCUCAAACUAUUUGAACUGAUAAAUGUGGAGCUUCUUUUCUCCCGCCCAAUGAGGAAUUAUAUGUUUUUUUGUACCCACUGCCUGAACUUUAUUAAUCUGUGACUUUUCCAAAAAACUUGAUAUUUUUUUGUGAAACAUUCAGGGUGAAUUAACUCUUAAUAAUUAGCUAUAAACCAGCUGUAAUGCAAAUCUGUCUUUCCCAGGCCAGCUCUGUGUGUUGAUGCAUAUUCCCUUUUUGUAAAGCUCCACUGCUGUUUUCUCUGGCCUUGUAAAUAAGCAUUUUGUUUUAAUAAAAUGCUCUUUUUUAAUAUA